AUGCUCCGUCAGCAGAGGCAGCAGAAAUCUCAGGGAAUGACAUCAUCGCCACUGCAAGGCGCUGAUAUCGCCGCCGGCCUGAGUCGUAGUGAUUGGUCAUUGUCGCACACAGCAGAUAAAUUGAACCUGUGGGAAAUUCGCUUCCGGGGUUACCGGCAGACUGAGUCAUCAUUCAUUAGUACGAGUAUUUUAAGAUGGCAGAUCCAAAACAUAGGAGUCGCAAGCCAGUCUCGAAAAGGGCACAGCGUAAUGAUGGCUCGGAGCUUGAGAGACCUUAUUGAAUUUUUGCUUGCGGAGAUAUCGCUCUGUGGUGAGCGAGAGGUUUCUGUUGGCAAGAACAGGGAAGGCAAUAACCUUACUCUGGAUGAGGUGGAAGGCCGGUGUGUCGAAACCGCUGCAGAGGAGCCAUAUUCCAAUUCUCAAAAUGCCCUACCACCAGAAGAUGGCGGCCUCGCUGCCGCAGGGACGCAGAUACAGCCAAACUCAGACGAGAAACUUCGCGUCUAUGUUUCAGAAGAGCGAGUGUGGCUUGCUAUCGCUGGGCAUGAGCUCGACCAUUCGAGGGUUCCUCCCCUAGAGUUCGCUCUUCUAUCUGUCAUUGCUUCCCGAAAGUGGCGAGGGAUUAUGCAGCCAGAACUACCUAAACUGACUGGCCAAGACAAGCGCUCCAUUCCCAAGCGAACAGAUUCUUUAAGCCAGAAAGGAUACAUCGAGAAAAAAGCUGUUCAGUAUAAGUCUUCUCGUACAAGUUUAUGCACACUCCGUCAAUUUGUCCGUUCAAAACUAGCUGAGCAAUGUGAUGGGCUGUCUGGGGAGAAUGCAAGUUCCCAACCGGGUGAGCUAACCAAUAUGGUUGAUUUCCCUGUUCUCCUCGAGAAGCUUUUUCAAUGCCUUAAAGAAUUCAAGGUCAUUACACGAUAUGACUUGAAAGCAAAACUUGGAAUGGAGGAUCGCUGGCGCGCCCGGAUUUUAGGAAGGGCCAUUCGAAAGUUGGAAAGAAUAGGUUGUGUCCGUCGUGUCAGAGCAGUAUCUCAAUACUCUGAUAGGAUGAAAACUCGACAUCAAUCUGUCAUGCUAAUCCGGGAACUCACCGAAAACGACCUUCGGCUUUUCCUUGAAGACAGUCGGACUCUGAUAUCAUACCUGGAGCAGGAGGACAUGGAUGCUGCUGAGAUGGACCAGGACCAAGGCCAGCAAGAUACGGUAGAUGGACUACCCGAGGUUAAGGGAAACGUUGCCAGCACACCUGAAGUUGAAUAUUUAGAGCAGAUGGGACGGGUUGUACCUAGAUGGACACCGGAUCAGAUUUUGCCAAAUUUAAUAUUUGACAUCGUACAUAAGAGUGGUCAAGAAGGAAGUACUAACCAUGAUAUCAACGUCGCAUGUAUGGGCCCGUUUUACAAGCGGCCAAUCGAGUAUACAGUGAGUCGGCUUGUUGAGAUUUGGCAGGUUUCUCAACCGAUUUACCUUAGACACCUCGCUGUGGUUCGAGAUGUAGGACUUCGGGGUACAAUUUCGAUGUAUAUCCAUUAUUCCUUGAGCAAUUUCAGAUCACUGGUGCACGACGGCCAGGUUUCGUGGGAGGCGGUGAAACUUUCAACGGAGAGAAAAUUUAGUGUUAAAAUUCCUCCCAUUGAUGCGACAUUCCAAGUAGAUGAACAUGGUUUCCCUGUGGAUAUGAAACCAUCGAACCUGCUGAAUGAUGGCGAUGCAACACUUAAAGACUGCCUUGAGGCUGCGAAACCAUCCGAUUACACCCUCACAAUGUACGAUCCUGUUGUACAAAAACGUGAUGACGGCACUUGCGAAGCCAUAAUUUUCCGAGGGAGGAUGUUGGGCGGAAAGCCCAAAAGAGCCUCUAGUCACUUCGGUUUAGAUGCAGGUUCAUCAAGUGCUGAAGAGGACGCACCGCAGACUCCCAUUUCUCGAGGGCGGAAACGGAGAGCAAUUGAAGCAGAUUUUGGUCGAUUAAUAGAUGUCGUGGACGACGUUCUGGAUGAAGGAAAAACUGGAGGACCAUCCAAACGCCAGCGAAAAAUGAAGGAAUAUGUUGAUCCUUAUGCUGGAAUGACGGAGAAGGAGAAGUUGGAAGCCCAGGGACUCGACGAGACGUGGACCGAAUACAGCAUCCUCCUACUCGAACGUCCUGGACCUGGUAUCUUUUUCACUCCACCAGGCAAGCGACGGCCAGUCGGAAAAGCCCGGGGUCGCCCGGGUCGAAGUCGUAUUGCUGUCAUCAAAUCGGAGAAGCUGAAGGAAAUUGAGUGGUUUUCUAAUCAGCAAGAUACUGAAGAUUCCCCAAAUGAAGCUACACAGGAUUUGGAACCUAGUUUUGUAGCUGUCAAUCAAGCAGAGCGCAUUGCGAAUCGAUCCGAAUCACCACCUUACUCGAGAACGAAACUUUCUCGGUCCACGGCGAUGCCCUCAUCUCGACUCACUGAUCGAUUGCAACCGGGUGAGGAUGCCGAUGUCCAAGAAACUCUUCCUCCUGGUGUUGACGCGGGGACCCAUGACCAUCUCGACAAUCCACCGCAAUCCAAUAAAAGGAAAUAUACUGACAUGGGCGGUGAUGAAGAAACAUCGAUACCCGCUCAGACUGGCGAAUCCCCCUCCAAAAGAAGGAAUACUCAGUUGCAACAAAGUCGCCAAGUGUCCAGAAAAGAUCUUCCAGGGAAAGAAAUCGACAAGUCUCCUAGAAGGGAUGUCAGAACUGGUCCAGCAGAGCUAAUUAGGCUUAUUCCACAAGCUGACAAGCCGGUGCAAGGUCCACAAACCACAGGGCAACGUGCGACUCCCGUAGCAGCUAGGCGUGAGCGAACACAGAAAGUUGGCGAUAUCAAUGUGGGUUACGAGGGAUCAAAAUCGCCUGAAGCGGUUGAACAUAUGCCGAGUGGGAGUAAUGGUGAAACACCCUCAGAAGCUUUACGAUCGCACAGACCCCAAUCCUCCAGCGCUACUCCUUCGGAGCAUGUACCCGGACCAAACAAUACAUGUAGGGAAGCCUCCCAGCCCAGGAUGGAAAUCGAGGAUACGGAAAAUAGAACAAUACAAGCCACAGAUAUUGCCUCUCAAGCUUCUGAAACCAUAUCACUCACAAAUGCUAAAACGAAAGCUAAGAAGCCAGAUAUUCAAGGAGGAUCCAUUGCGUUUCUUCGAAGGAAGAUUGUCAUGGAUGUGGUCGAGAGCGCCGACGGAGUGUAUCCAUACGGCACUGAGUUGUGGUACCCUUUCACUACUGCUUGGCUAAAGACCAAACAAACCGAAAGGCCCGACUUUCGCACACUUCGAAAUGCGGUGAAAUAUAUGACUGAGAGUGGGAAGCUCCGCCAGCUAACCUUCAGCGGGAGGAACAGCAAAGGGCUAAUGGUCACCAAGUCCAUCAUUGCGAAACCAGAUAUCCCUGCAACUGAUCCAAUAGUUGUGGAUUUGCUGAGGGCAAUGUUAGAAGCCGACCCCCAGCAAUACUUCCCACCCGGCCCUGAUAUUGAUCCAUCAAUAAGGAAGUCGCACAAAAUCACACAACUGCCCGCAAGAAAACUCCCGGAGAUAGAAGAAGAAGUCACUGUGACAUUACAUCAAGUGCCGGUGAAGGCCCGACCUCCUGAAAUGAGACAUACCCGUGUUUACAAACCAAGAUCGGGGCCCAUAGAACGGCUUCGAAGUACUAAGCGACGGUCUCCUGCAAAUUCCUUUUUGAACUGGUUAACAACGAUGCAAGACCCAAGCCUGGAAACGGGAAUACGGCAGCACGUCCCAUCAAUACCAAGGCCGUUACCAUACACAAUCAUUUUGUGUCCGUCCCAAUCGUUCCAUGCCCCAACUGGCACAUUUGGAACCAUAUUAUCUGAUAUGCAAGGGCGUAGCAAAACAACGACGAUGCCCCAAUGGGCCCAGACAGCCAUGAGUUUACCACGAAAUCUUGGAGAUAUCCUUUCCAUGACAAAGAAACGGCAGCCCCCAUCGUCAAAUCUGACCGAUCCUGUUUCUAGCAGGGUAUUCUCUGAAAUUGAUGCAGUAGGCAGAUGGGAAUCUAGGCACCCUGAGCUAUUCGAUUCGCAGAGAGUCGGAUGGAGAUACAUUAACCAUGGGAUACCUGGCCCAUUUCAAAGCGCUCCUCUGGACGGCUCUGUACGAUUCGAUGCCAGUGAAACUUCACAAGUAUCGACGGGACGAGCAAGACCACAUCCGCAGAAUUCACUUCGGAUCCUCGCAUCAUCGUCCGCCGGAGUAACUCCAUCAGCGCGUCCAUCUGGUCGUCAAGUCGCAUCUCGUGGUCAGAAGCGCCUCGACCUACCCUUCAACCGACGACUCGAGCAAAUGCAAGAGUCAAAAGCGGAUAAACGAACUUCCAAAGCAGCAGCCCCGACUGCUCGAAGAAUCAAGCUCAUCAAUAUCCUCUCUGGCGACAUUGUACAAAAGAUCACUGUUGCGAUGGUCGUUGUUCGAACUUUGGCAGGUGGACUUGAGGGUAAAAUGAUUGACUGGCAGCUCGUUACGCUAGCUUUCCCAGAUCACGACCCUAAGCUUAUCACGGAUCGUGGAAAGGCGAUCAUUUCAAGAAAUCGACUUCAAAUGUCGAAAAUGCAAAGUGAUUUUCAAGACCAAUAUGCAGAAGCAUACGAGAAGGACCAGGUACCACGUAUCGAUUAUGCCGACCUUACCUCGUAUGAUUGGCAGUGGAUCGUUAAUUGGGCGAGCAACAAACUCGAGGCCCCCCGUUCAGAUAAUCUUCCAAACUUACCAGCUACCCACCGGCAAUUUGAUAGCCUUUUUGACGUUCGUCCCGAACCGGUUCAAACGCUUGACGAGCUAUACCAACAUAAUGCCCCAGCCACGAUUCCUCGAAAACAAGCCUUGCUAGCUGGUACAAGCUUUGCAAUCCCUGUUGCCAGGACUGGCACGAGACAUGAACGGCAACGGCCCGGAACUGAACGCCUCAACGUAGCUAAAACCUGGGUACGGGCGAAUGUGAUCACGCCGGAAGAGUCGUAUAACUCAGCAGAGGCGCGGCGCAUUCUUGAAUGCCUUGGCGAAGAGCUCAUUGGGCAAGCGAUACAGUCGCUCAUCAUUGAACGAGUGAUCUCCAUGGGAAAUAGGGGUCGAAUUACUCCAGGGCGCAAUUACGACGUGACAGAGUAUUUCGUGCAUACAUUUGGCCGCAAACGCGCCAUUGAAGCAACGCAGUUGAAACGAGCGGCGACUUUCAAAACCACCAUCCUGGACACGCAACUGCAUCUGGAAGGGAAAUGCGCUGUCAACUAUGACGCGGAAGACGGGGAUAUCCUCGUCCUUAUCAACCUCUUCGCCGAGGGGAGGGUGACGAUAUGGCCCAAAAACCCGCCGAGGGAUAAAUACGGGCUGACGGAUGGCGGCUACCUGACGCGCCUCAUGGACAAGGGCAAGCUUCGCUUCGACGUCGAGGUUCUCCCUGUCCCCGAACGCUACGUUUAUGGAAACCCCGUCCAGCUCCCCAAAAGAAUGCCGAGAGGCGAUAUGCCGGCUGACUUCCCGCCCUCCACCAGUCCCCCUUUCUGCAAAAUCCCCCUUUGGUUCGAUAUCCAUGGCAACUUUGUCAAGAUGCUCUGGGACCUGGUUAUUGCGGCGGUCGUGGGCUAUCUUGCUGCUCGCCCCGGCCUCAGCGCAGCAGGCAUCAGCCGUAUAUUUCAGCCUCAUAUUGCUGAGUGGGAGGUAGCUUUGGUUCUGGAGUGGAUGGAGGAAGCUGGUGUCGUUGAGAGGCUUGCUGGUUUGUCUGGCUGGGCGGUGAAGGAGUGGUGGUGGAUGGUUGUGCAGAGCUGA